CUAGACAACUAGGGGCCAAUACUUAUCUAAACGAAGCAAUCUCAUUUAAUGAUUGCAGCAAGCCCUAGAUUUUCCGAAUCUCCCAUUGAAGACUACAAUAACUUUCUCAUUCAAUUAUCUCACAAGGACGUACAAUAAAAAGUUGCUUUCUUCUCUCUCUCUCUCUCUCUCUCUCUCUCUCACACACACACACACACACACACAAAGAACUGCAUGGAGUGAGAAGUUACAAAAAAUUUGCAGGUGUAACUAAGAUUUCUGCUUUAUACAAAAAAAAAAAAAAAAGUGGAGUUUGAGUGAGAAUGGAAUGGAUUAUUGGGUGUUGGGUUUUGAUAGGUAUAGUUAUAGGAUGGUAUUGGCUUAAGGAGAAGAAGUUAGAAAAGCGUGGGGUUCCAAAAGGGAGCUUAGGUUGGCCUUUCAUAGGAGAAACUCUUGACUUCAUUGCUUGUGGCUACAGCUCUAAACCUGUUAACUUCAUGGACAAACGCAAAUCUUUGUAUGGGAAGGUGUUCAGAACAAACAUAUUGGGAACACCCAUCAUAGUUUCCACUGAUACGGAAGUGAACAAAGUGGUGUUACUGAACCAGGGCAACAUAUUUAUCCCUGCAUAUCCCAAAUCCGUCAGAGAAUUAUUUGGAAAAAAUUCUAUACUCCACACUAAUGGAAGUCCUCAUAAGAGAAUGCAUGCACUGAUCCUAGGGUUCCUGAGAUCCGCACCACUCAAAGCCCGUGUUACCAAAGUCUUUGAAAACUCUGUAAAACUCUCCCUCGCUACUUGGAAAGACAAAAACCCUAUAUACGUCCAAAAUGAAUCCAAAAAGCUUACGUUUGACGUUUUGGUUAAUACAUUGACAAGCGUGGGUCCAGGAGAAAAUUUGAACUUUCUGAGAAGUGAUUUUCAAGAAUUCAUCAAAGGGUUGAUUUGUUUACCUAUUAACCUCCCUGGAACAAGGUUCUAUAAAUCUCUCAAGGCCAAGGAGAGGUUGAUGAAGAGGAUGAUGACGAUAUUACAGAAGAGAAAAGAGAGCAUGAAUAUUACAGACGAGAAAGCUCCAAUAAAUGAUGCAGUGGACUUGCUGUUACGGGAUAGUAGUGAAUCAAGCGAGAAGCAAAGCCUGCCGUUGGAUUCCAUCUCUGGAAAUAUCAUAGAGAUGAUGAUCCCUGGAGAUGAAACUAUGGUCACCGCUAUGACCCUUGCUGUCAAAUUCCUCAGUGACUCCCCUGUUGCUCUACAAAAAUUAGUGGAGGAGAACAUGGAACUGAAGAAGCAAAAGACUGAUUCCGGUGAAGAUUAUGCUUGGUCUGAGUACAUGUCCUUGCAAUUUACUCAAAAUGUGAUUAGUGAAACUCUUAGAAUGGCAAAUAUCAUCAAUGGGGUCUGGAGGAAAGCACUCAAGGACGUAGAAAUCAAAGGUUACUCCAUACCACAAGGAUGGUGUGUCCUGGCAUCUUUUAUUUCUGUUCACAUGAAUGAAGACAACUAUGAAAACCCAUAUCAGUUUAAUCCAUGGAGGUGGGAGAAAAUGGAAGCUACCGUUAACAACAAUUUCUUUACACCUUUCGGUGGUGGACAAAGGCUAUGCCCUGGAUUAGAAUAUUGCAGGCUUCAACUAUCAAUAUUUCUUCAUCAUCUUGUCACUACUUACAGAUGGGUAGCUCAAAAGGAUGAAAUUGUUUACUUUCCAACUGUGAAGAUGAAGAGAAAGCUCCCCAUCACGGUGACCUCCAUAAAUACUCCUUGACAUAGUUGUCAAAUUGUGAAUCAUACUGUAAAUUGAUUUUUUUAUUUUUCUGUAUCGUGUAUCGUAUCGAAUCGUAUAUCGUAAGACAUACAAACACCUAAUAAAAUUAUAAAAUAAUUAUAGAUA